UUGUCUUUUAAUUUUUUUUUUACAAAUAAUUCCUUAUAUGCUAUUCAGCUAGCAUUAAUUUGGCAAGCUAUCACCAGCUAACACUAGAUGACUGUUCCCGUUUACUGGUUACUUGCGAGGAGAAUGUUAAACUAAGCGGGUCUGGCUGUCCUAGCUUGACAUUAAAUUAGCUACUUGCCCAGACCUAGAUUUUUAGCUAGCUAGCUAUAACGCAACAUUUCUAACAGCGAACAGGUCAAAUUAUACUAUGUUUAUAUUUUUUAUUAUGUAGCUAUAGACAAUCAAAGAAAAAGGCUUCAUAUAGAACAGGAAACCUGAGAGUAAAACUCUGUCUGGACUCGAAGAGUGUGGCUUCAGAAUGCCUCUGUUCACCAAGAAGAAGAAGCCCAGUGAGAAUUCCAAGAAACGCUUGGAAUAUCAGUUGUGUCUGUCUAAAGAGGCUGGGGCAGAUGAUAUUUUGGACAUUUCAAGCUGUGAGCUUUCUGAGGUUCCCUCCAGUGCCUUCUCCAUCUGCAAGGUGCUUCAGAAAAAAGUGUUCAUUCUCUGUGGAAAUGAGCUGAGGUCACUGGUGCCCAAAGGUUGCACCAUCACCGCUCUAACGACUAUAAAGGUGUUGGACCUGCAUGAAAACAAGCUCACCUCACUCCCAGAUGAUAUUGGGCAGCUGACCUCCCUGCAGGUGCUGAACGCAGAAAAUAACCAGAUCAAAGCUCUACCAGAGACUGUAGGGGAUCUUCGGAAUUUGCAGACUCUUAAUGUGAAAGGGAACUGCCUCAGUGAGCUUCCCUUGUCAGUGGGUUGCAUGAGCAGCCUGCGUACCCUGGACCUGAGUGAGAACAGCAUCCGAAAAUUGCCCAAAGAGCUGGCCAGCGUCCGCACACUAGAGAGCCUGACUCUGGAUGCAAGUGUUAUGAACUAUCCACCUGCCUCAGUCUGUACAGCAGGCACAGAAGAAGUCCAGCGCUACUUGUGCUCAGAGCUGGGCCUGGAGUACUGUCCCCCCUCCCAGUAUCUUCUGCCUGUGCUGGAGAAUGAUGACGGAGCGCAGAGCAUGGACUGUUUGGAUGGGGAGCAUGUAGCCUGGCAGAGCAAAUUCAUGGACUAUGAGAAGAGGAAGGAGCAGAAGCAGUUGGAGAAGCUGAACUUUGAGAAGGUGCUGGAGGAGAAGCAGAGGGAACAAGCACAGCUCCUCCUCCUCAACAACUCCCGCAAAGAGGGCAUGUUGCUGUCCGUCAAACUGGAGCAGGAGCGCGUCGAGAAGGGAGUAUGUGAGCAGCAGAGGGUCCAGGAGGCCGAGAGACAGAAACUGCUACAGAGGGUGCAGAAGGCCGAGGCCAGCAUCGCCGCCCGCAUCAGUAACCUGCUCCUGGACAACAAACGCCAAGCAAAGAGCGCAGAGAUCCUGCAGGCAUUGGAGGAGGACCGGAUCCGUAUGGAGCACCUCACUGCCAUCACACAGGAAGAAUCCAGCUCUUUAAGAAAGAGGGACGUAGCAGUUGCCAUGCAGACCAUGUUAUCUGAGAGCUACUCAAUAAGGCUGCUACAGGAGGCCAGUGACACAAGGAGACAGAAUAUGGUUUCUGAAGCCUGCAAGAGUAAGGAGACCUUAGACAAAAAGUUUGAGCAGGUGUUAACCCUACAGCAGCUGGACAAAAGCAAAGCCAUCAGCCAGAUCCUUCAGGAGGAGGAGAUGCAGAAGGCAGCGUUCGAGGCCCUGCAGCUCCAGAAGGACAGCGUCCAUGGUUACAUCCGCAAUCAGAUUAAGCUAAUUGAGGCAGAGUUAUUGCAGCUGACUAAGCUGGAGGUUAAGAGGAGAAGUCUGGAUGCAGAGAACUUGCAGGAAGCAUUGGCAGAGCAGAGGACAGCUCUUACAGACAUGCUCCAGCAGUUGUUGAAGCAAAAGGACCAGAGAGAGAUGGAACUUAAGGAGAUCUUGCUGGAGUUGGAGCUGAAGAGUGACUCCACCCAGCAGAAUUACUGGAUGAUCCAGUACCAGAGGCUGUUGGAUGCCAAGCCUCUGUCUCUGCGAAUGCAGGAGGCUGGCGUGGAUAAGGAACUAGUCAGCUUGUUGUCUAAGCUUUCUGCCCAGCACUACCUGCCUCUCAUAGCACAUCAUCGAAUCACAGCAGAGAGUCUGUGUCACAUGACCACUAAAGACCUAAGCAAGCUGGGAAUCAACGAAGUGGGAGUGCAGAAGUCUCUCCUCCGCUGGGCCAGAGAGCAGACUGGUUCUCCGAAAAUGCUCGAGGCACAAGAAGCUGGUCCGUCCUUCCCCAGCGCCCCCCAACUGACACCCCCACUCACCCCCAAUACCCCCCUGACCCCCACAGCACCCAGCCCAAUGAACGGAUCCAGCACCUCUGAGUGCGUGGUAUGCAUGGAGUUGGAGUCCCAGGUCGUCUUUCUGCCAUGUGGCCACGUGUGCUGUUGCCAAGUCUGCAGCGAAGCCCUACACUCAUGCCCGUUGUGCCGCGCUGAUAUCUCCCAGCGCGUCCGCCUGUACCAUGGCUGAACCUGAUGACCCUCCCCACCCUUCCUGCCCCCCUGGGCUGCCUCUGACUGCACGUGUGCUUGGGCUGGUUGGAAGCCACUACACGGCUCGUCCAGGUUCACCUUCUGCAUGGUUGUUUCACUCGAGGUGUCCUGAAGUGCAUUUGGCUGCUCUGUCCUGUAGUGUCUCUUUUUAUGGGAGCAAUUCUAAGAGGAGAAAGAUGCUACUAGGCAUCAGCCCUGCUUAACCUUUACCUAUAUUUUCACUUGGUAGGGAUAAAUGGAGAUCCUUGCUGUCCUGAACUUAAUCAGAAUGACAAAACUUUAAGGGACAAACAGAACUGCUCUUUUGUGCUGGUUACACUGUUGUCAUUGUACUGCCUUAGCAACUGUGCCUUUUUUGUGUCUCAUGUCUGUUCUAUCAAAAUUCAUGACUGUUACAACAUGGCAUUUGUCCACAUGGUCCUGAAAAAGGCUACAUAAGUUACUUUCCUUAUGUCAUGCUUGGGUUUUAUGCCUUCUGUGCUUGUCAAGGGUUAUGGAGGUUCUGUUUGGAACAUAUAGAUUCCAGAAAAGGUUGCUGAAAACCUGAUUAAGACUGGACUCAGUAAUGCAAUCUAAAUGAUUUCAGUUAUCAUUAAAGGCAGUGUAUUGGUGAAUUAAUUUGUUCCUGUCUAAUUAAGACCUUCACACCAGAGAUCAUGUUUAGGGUUUGGCAUUAUAAUUUUUUUAAAGUAUAUACUUUCAUGUACUCUGUACAUUGUGAGGCAUACAUAAACCAAUCACUAGGCGUUAUUUGAAAAAAACAACUUUGUACUCACUUUGAAAACUUGCCCCACCAAUGCUAUAUUUUUAGUAGUCUGCAGACAAGUGUUGUGCAUCUAAAAUUAAUAAACGUGUCAAUAUUUGUUGUCAUGAUUAUUAAUUAUCCUCACCAACAGGAAAACCUCAUACAUGCAUACAUACAUCUCAUGGGAACCCUUUGUACCGAUUCUCCAUAUCGAAAUUUAAAGUGUUUAACCUUUUCCCGCUUAAAAACCAGUCAAAUUCUUGAUGAACUGCACCUGUUACUUGGUUGUCUUUGGCGAGGUCCCACUUUGUCAUUUUUUUCUGGUUCUCUAGAAGGACUUUAGUUUGUGUGAAGAUGAUAUUGUAGUAAUAUACUGUGUUGUGUUUGUCCCAAACGUAGUUCUUUAGGUUUAGGCAAAAUAGAUUAAUGUCGGUCAUCCUAUAGAAAACUCCGGCAAUUUCAAGUCUAUGCGAAGGCAUGAUGUACCAUGAAAGUUUCAAAAAGGGUGUUGAUACUGUCACUAGCUACUGUAUUUCAGGUGCUACACACAUACUCUCAAGUCCUAAAGCAGUUCUGUUCUUACAAACUUCCUCCUAGUAAAGUGCUCUUAUAACUAAGCAUUCUUUGGACAAUCUUGCUUCCACAGGGGGAAAAAAUAAAAAA